CGAUCCCGCAUUAUAUACAACAACACUAGACCCAAGUCCUCACUCUCACUACCAAAAUCCCAACAUUUUCUAAACCCUAGCGGCACGCAAUUCAAUUCGUCUCUCUACACAAAAUGGCCGAUCCUGAACACCGUGAAGAGGAGGAGGCACCAGCCGUUGGCGACGACGAAGAUACCGGAGCACAAGUCGCUCCCAUCGUCAAACUUGAGGAGGUUGCCGUUUCCACCGGCGAAGAAAACGAAGACGCCAUUCUAGAUCUCAAAUCGAAGCUUUACCGGUUUGAUAAGGAUGGAAAUCAGUGGAAGGAGAGAGGCGCUGGUACUGUUAAGUUUUUGAAACAUAAGGUUACCGGUAAAGUUAGGCUUCUCAUGAGGCAAUCCAAAACCCUCAAGAUCUGCGCCAAUCAUUUCAUUUUACCUACCAUGUCUGUGCAAGAACAUGCCGGGAAUGAGAAAUCUUGCGUUUGGCAUGCUAGGGAUUUUGCUGAUGGGGAACUCAAGGAUGAGCUUUUCUGCAUUCGUUUUCCAUCCAUUGAAAAUUGUAAAAGCUUUAUGGAAACAUUCCAAGAAGUUGCUGAGUCUCAAAAACAAGUUGAUGACCAGGAAGCAUCUGCAGCAGCUACUCUUGUUGAGAAAUUGAGUGUUGAUGACAAGGCUGCUGAUGCAGAGAAGAAAGAUGAAGAGAAAUCUGCGGAAAAAACUGAGAAGCCAGCAUCAGGUGAGACCAGUAAGGCAGAUGCAGAUAAAAAAGUUGAAGAGCCUGAGUCCACUGCUUAGUAUUAUUUAUUAAUAUUUCAUACUAUGCAAUCUGAUUAAGUUGUGGUCGCGUUUUUUCUGUCCUUGUCUUUGGAUACAGUCAUACUUAAUGGUUGCCAGAUUGUCAUUGUCGUUCAAUUGAACUGUUUGUGUCCCUGGGUUUUUUCAGCAAGUGAAAUUAGGGUUGGGUGUGAAUUUUGAGACUUGAACUUGUUGAGCUUUUGGGGUCUGGGAGUUUAUUGUUAUUAUUUUCAUUCUACAUAUGUAUUUGUUACGAGUAAUGAGUUGUGUUGGUUGGGAGGGGGUAGUCGGGAAUGGACAAAGUCAUAAACAAAGGUUUUGUUUACAAUUCGUUUGAGUUCCAUAUUUUGGUUAAAGUACAUUUUAGUCAUUUAUUUUAUUUUUAAUUUUAGUUGUCUUUCAA